AACCAGUGUUACGAAAACGACUUCGAACGAAAUGAGGUAGAAGUUUAUGUAUCGUCCACUCAUCGCCAUUGGAAAUGUUUAACUGAAUAUGAAUAUGAAAACAAGGUAUGCAUCUUCAAAGAUGGUGAAUUAACUAGAAAAUGAAACUUUCCCGCGCGAUACAAAUAAUCUUUUGGUUGCAAAAUGUUUUCCAAACUCUGGUAAAAGCGUUUGAUAGUAAUGGGUGUUUGUCGUUAAAAGGGAAAGAUCAAGUAAAUUGGACUACACCAGGAAGGCACGACAAAUCAGGGAUUGACAAUUUAAUUGAAGGAGAGCGAUGGACGUUCGACUGCAGAACUACCAGCAAUAAAGUUAACUCUACCCUGUGGCAGACGUUCCGCAAUAGAGAGACCCAACGUCAUCCAGAUAAUCAAAUUGUUACAAUUUUAUCGAAAAAUGUUUUUCGAAUAAAUAGUUGGAAAAAGAGAGAUCGUGGUCGCUACUAUUGCGAGACUUGUGGGACCAGAAAGUACCUCGGUGGAUACUAUUUCAUAAAGGGUGACGCCUAUGCAAUUCCUAAUGUGACAAAGGAUCCCCCUCAAAACGUAUCCCCUUAUGGUGGCACAGUUACGUUGGUUUGUAAAGUUUAUGGGCAGUACAGUAUACGAUGGUACAAAGCAGGAUCGAAUCAGAGUUUGAAGAGCUCCCUUACAUACAUUAACAAUUGGAACAAAGAAAUCCUCACAAUUCCUAAUGUUACAGGAAAUGAUGACGGUACAUACGUGUGUGAAAUAGAGAGGAGGAUCGUUCAGUAUUUGGCUAACGCGACAAUUAUGGUGCAGACUCAAAAGCCUCGCAUACCAUUUUUUACUGAAUUCAAUGCAUCACUUAUGAUGAUCCUGAAAGAAGGCAAAGACUUCCAUCUUAAGUACACAGUAUUCGGCAUUCCAAUACCAAACAUAACCUGGUUUCGAUCAAAGAAUGGAAUGACUCAAGAGUUAAUAAAGGAAUGCCCUGGAACAAAUAUUGAAAACUGCUUAGAAAACGAUUUGGGCUCAACGAUAACUAGAAACUCUUUUACGAUCUUAGCAGUGAAAUACCCGGAUAACGACAACAUAACAUACUCGUGUUUAGCAGAGAAUAGUGAAGGAAAAGCGAUAAAAUCUUUCAAAAUUGGAGUACACACUGUACCAAUAUUAGAAAAAGACAAACCACGUGAUUACCACUAUUUUGAACACGGACUCGAACUAAACUGCUCAGUAAAAACAGUGAACCCAAAGAAAGUGAAUUUCACGUGGUACUAUUGUGAUAUGAAUGAGCAAGUAUGUCAAGCAAAGAACCUUACAUUUUGGCAUAAAAUUGCAAAAGAAAACUCUGCAAGAACGACGGGGAGAGACCUGACCUCAAAGAUUACCCUCAAGAGUCUUCCUUACAAACGAACAAAGUACCUUUGCAAAGCUGAAAACAAGUUUGGAAGAGAUCUUAUUUCUUACAAAGUAUAUGGGUUGCUAGAUUCGUCUGCUCACCUUGACAGCUCACUUCCCUUCAUCCUGCAGACGGCUAUUCCAGUGGGAGUAAUAUCUCUGAUUACGUUAAGCAUGAUAGGCCUAGUUAUGUUCAAAAGAAUGAGGCUAUAUGGUGGGAUGUACAUAUUUUCAUAUCCUCCAAUGCCUGACUACUUAAAGCAGCUCGACUACAGCAAAGAUAUUCGUGAGCAAGUUCAAAAAAUACCUUAUGCUUCGGAAUGGGAGUUUCCAAGACAAAAAAUAAAAUUGGAUUCAGAGCUAGGUAGAGGAGAGUUCGGCAGCGUAUGGUUGGCGCAUGCUCAUGGAAUCGCUGAGUUUUGUCCACGCGACAGUUCAAAUAAGAAGACUUUCCGUUUCUCAGGCUUUUUUAGUUCAUCACACAGACGAAAAAGCACUUACGUUUGUUGUAAACAUGUCAGUCCUGUUGCAGUGAAGAAACUUAAAGAUGAAUUUGACAAAGAAAAACUGCUCGAUCUUCAGGCGGAAUUGAAAAUAUUGAUUCACGUUGGUGAACAUGAAAACAUAGUGAAUAUAUUAGGAGCGUGUACGAAAGGAAAUUGCUUUGAUUUGUGGAUCCUGUUGGAGUAUUGUCCUUUUGGUGACCUCCGCUCUUUUCUGCUACACGGGCGAAGUCACUAUGAAAGCAACCAAACUUCUCCUUCUUUGGAUUUAUCAAGCAAGUUUGGAGAGCAAGACUUGAGCAUCAUUGCUUUUCAAAUUGCUAAGGGAAUGGAAUUUUUGAUUUCAAGAAGGGUGAUACACAGAGAUCUUGCUGCAAGGAAUGUUUUGUUGGGAGACAGACAUGUAGCUAAAAUUUCGGAUUUUGGCCUGGCAAGAGAUGUGUAUAGAUAUCAAAAAUAUGUGAAAAAAACGUCUGGUUUACUUCCAUUAAAGUGGAUGGCAAUUGAAUCGAUUCAAGACACAGUAUUCACAGAAAAAUCAGACGUUUGGUCAUUUGGCGUCGUGCUAUGGGAAAUCUUUACCUUAGGUGAAACUCCCUAUUCUGGAAUACCAAAUAUGGACAUCUUAGAUUUCUUAGUCUCAGGUGAAAGAAUGCCAAUCCCGUCUUCUUGUUCGCUAACCAUGUCAAACCUGAUGAAGCAAUGUUGGAAAAGUAACCCGGACGAUAGGCCGACAUUUUCACUUCUUGUUAAACUACUGGAUACAAAACACAAUGAAUUACUGAGAACAGAUGUAGAAAGAAUUGCUGUCUAGUAGACUUUGAUGCAAUCACUCAUGAUUUUGAAGAAGAAUUAGACAGCUCGCAGAAGUUUCUUUACGUACAAGUGAUCCAUAGUCCCUCCUCUUAGACUAUAAUUAUUUACAUGUGUAGACCUUUAACGGUCACUUGUUAAUUGCUGUGUGAAAUCACAUUGAAAUAUAUAAAAUAUUUAUUAAAAUAAAA